CAGGGAGGGAGUUGCUUUCCGGUAAUAGUAAAGGAACGUGAUACUGAAUGAAAACGCACCAACAGCAUCCUCAUUAGUUGGAGCCUGACUCUUUCUGCUUAAUGUUGGUUUCUUUGUCAUCAGGUCUGCUAAAAAAUGACAGAAUAUAAACUUGUUGUCGUUGGAGCUGGUGGUGUAGGCAAGAGUGCCUUGACAAUACAGCUAAUUCAGAAUCACUUUGUGGAUGAAUAUGACCCUACAAUAGAGGAUUCCUACAGGAAGCAAGUAGUAAUUGAUGGAGAAACCUGUCUCUUGGAUAUUCUUGAUACAGCAGGUCAAGAAGAAUACAGUGCAAUGAGGGACCAAUAUAUGAGAACAGGGGAAGGCUUCCUGUGUGUAUUUGCUAUAAACAAUACAAAGUCUUUUGAAGAUAUUCACCAUUAUAGGGAACAAAUAAAGAGAGUUAAAGACUCUGAAGAUGUCCCAAUGGUGCUAGUAGGAAACAAAUGUGAUUUGCCUUCCAGAACAGUAGAUACAAAACAAGCUCAGGAUUUAGCAAGAAGUUAUGGAAUUCCUUUCAUUGAAACAUCAGCAAAGACAAGACAGAGAGUGGAGGAUGCUUUUUAUACAUUGGUGCGAGAGAUUCGACAGUACAGAGUGAAAAAAAUCAGCAAAGAAGAAAAGACUCCAGGGUGCGUGAAAAUUAAAAAAUGCCUUGUAAUGGGUGUUGAUGAUGCCUUCUAUACAUUAGUUCGAGAAAUCAGAAAACACAAAGAGAAGAUGAGCAAAGAUGGUAAAAAGAAGAAAAAGAAGACAAAGACAAAGUGUAUAAUUAUGUAAAUACAAUUUAUCCUUAUUCUUAAGAAGUACUUAAGUAAUUUUUGUACAUUACACUAAAUUAUUAGCAUUUGUUUUAGCAUUACUUUACUUUCUGCUUCAUGAUCCUGUUAGCUUUACCUGAAUGCUUGUUUUAAAUGACAGUGGAAACUUCAUUCCUCUUAAAGUGCCAGUAUUCUUUGACUGUUGGUUCUUGAAGUAGCAAUGCCUGUGAAAAAACAAACAACCAACAACAAAAAAACAAACAAACAAAACUACACACAAAAACCUGAGAACUGUCUUAGGACUCUUUGGUGCAUGCACAGUUGCUAACUUCCUAUUUUUCUUACUGAUUGUGAACUUCUGUUCUGUGUGCAAACCAAACAAUGAAAUGAUGCUCUCCACAUUCUAACAUCCCCUUUAAUUUUUUGGUUUUUAAAUCUGGUUGGGAAAAAGGACUAGUUAGCAAAAGAGACUUUCAUUUCAGCCUUUCUUUUUAUUUUAGACUGACUGCAAUAUAGAGAGACCAGAAGCCUUUAUAGUCUUCCUGUAGAUUUUGCUUCUAGGCAUCUAGUCUUGUAGCAUUUCAGAUCAACUUUAAAGAAUGUAAAGAUAAAACUUUCACAAAAAAAAAUUUUCACUGCAAUUUGUCACAGUCACUCCUUAAAUACUCUAUUUUUUCUAUAAAAAAAGAAAAAUUA